AUGGCCUCGGUCCCCAACGUCUACUCCGCUGAACCUGCCUUGCCCGUUCUAGCUCAUUCACUCCUCACAGAGAAAAACGGUGCAGCAGCAGAAACAAGCCAGCCUUCAGAUGAACCAACCAACUGGAGUCUCAAGGCUGACUGGGAAAGAGGCAUCCGAUCUUCAAAUGACUCGAUAUUCCGAUGCGGUGCCGUCGUGGGCUUCUCUAGGUUGAGAUCAAGCAAAGACAGCAACGAAUAUAUUGGACAAAUCCCUCGAUAUCUCCUUACCACUCAUCUGCGCAAGGUCCUUCCGUCAUCGGAGCCGACCGCGUUCAUCGUCCACCCGGGCAGCUUCGAUGCCUUUGCUCCAAGGACACUACUCAACGAGCUGCUCUCUUCGUCGCCAAACCAACCCGGGUUGUCAAAAGAAGACGCAAUACACCGCCUCGACUCUGUUCAAUUGUUGCCCGUCUACAACUUCCCCGGGGCCGCACAGGCCAUCGGCAAGGUUUCGGAUGUUUUGCAAGAGAUCCAAGAAAGACGAGAAUCCAACCAGCUAUCCGGCGACUCGGCUCACCCAAUUAUCUUGAUUGUCCUCGGACUCGAUUCGCUUGCUGAAGGAGUCAUCCGUGCCUCGAACCCGGUCAAGGGGACGGCAUUGUUGACGGCAACACUGCGCACUUUAACCCGCGUGUCCCGAGCUCACGCCUCUUGUCUCUCUGUUCUUUUGGUUAAUACCAAUGGAAUCGGCCCAUUUCAUUCGGAAGCUGAUGGGAAGGCAGAGUCAACUAGGAGUCUCCCAAUUCCCUAUGGAGAUGCCCCGAAACCCACUCGGGAAGAUGGCAUCCGUUCCAUAUUUCACACGGCUGGACCGUCUCUUUUGUCCAAUCUGCUCAUGAAGACUUUGGAUCAGGGCAUCGACACGCAUCUAUUGCUCUCAGAUGUAAAGGGGAGUCCGGUGGUAGAAGUCAUCAAAGAUCGAGUCGGGACUGGACUCGGGAAAUGGGAGAUAUGGGGUCGUCAACACUGA